CACAUUUUUACUCGAUAUUAUCUAACUUACACUCUCCGCGUUUCAUUUGUUUAUAAAUACCCCUGUUUAACGUUACUGUUUUUAGUAUUUGGAAAAGCAGUUCAUGCUCUGUCAAGAAUUGGUGAAGAAAUAUGGUUGGAUCCACUGGAGGAAGGGUUGGCUGUAAGGACAGUCAACUCAUCUCAAUCGGCUUAUGCCUGUUUCUACUUCACUCCUCUGUUCUUCCAGAAGUAUAUUCCAGAUCCAGACACCCAGAAAGACUGUGAUGCUGUCAAAUGUAAACUAAACAUAAAGUCCGUCCUUCCCCUGUUCCGCUGUGUUGCGUGGAGAGAGCGAAGUGUGGAUAGAUGUGAGAUAACCAUCAACAUCCCAGACAGCAGGGUGAUAUUUCAGUUUCACUGCAGACACGGAAUAACUAAGACACAUAAUUUGGGAUAUCAGGAAUGUGAAGCUUUGCAGGCUGUGUUCCCAGCUCACCUCUGUCCAAAUGUCCUGAAGGCCCAGUCCAAACUUUUAGGCGACAUUGUGGUGCAUUUCCCGAUUUCACAAGAAGAGGUCACUCUUUCCAUUUCCUCUUAUAAAGUAGCAUUGAAGACCUUUUAUGAGGAAGAAAAUGGUUGUAUUAAAGGCAUGAACACAGAGCUGAUGCUGCACCCAGACGAGUUCGACUAUUUUCAGGUUGGAGAGGAUUCAGCCGUGACCUUUUGCCUAAAAGAACUGAGGGGGCUGCUGUCCUUUGCUGAGUCUUAUGGUCUACCAAUAUCUUGUCAGUUUGGUAUUCCUGGACAGCCUGUAUCCUUCUCUGUAAAAGACAUGACGCUGGAGGCCCAUGUUGUGUUGUCCACUUUAACGGAUCCAAACUACGAAAGUCCAUCUCAACCUGCACCUGGGGAUGACUGUCCUGUUACAAUCCCAAAGACCUCCACAGCCGAAGUCUCCACAAGUGAGGACCCCAUGGAGGCAGAGGUGUGCAUUGCUGAAAUCUCCAUAAGUGAAGGCCCCAUGGAAGCAGAAGUGAGCAUUGCUGAUGGGGAACGUGUGGCCUCCAGCCAGGGCAGUGAAGUGUUCAAUCCAGCCCUUCAUAUGAAGAAGAUGAUUCAGCUUCAUGCACCUGGAGAGAUCCUGCCAAGACCCAUGUGUGUGCCUGAAUCGGCCUUGACGACACCAAUAACACCAGCCACAUUUAAGAUCCGCUCCCUGCUCUUCGGGGCUGUACUGAGUGACGGAGGGGACGGUAACACUGCAGAUUUGCCCAGCCUGGUUUGUGGCAGUGACACAGAGGAGGACGGAGGAUCAGAGGAGACACAGGUAGCACCUUCAGCUAAUCUCAAGCAGAGAAUGCAUGGACGUUACUGCAGGAUGUAGCCUACAUAAACUCAGUCUAUUAUAAAGACAAAACAGCAUAUGGAUUGAUUCAAAGUUUAAUAUAUAAAUUCGAUUGGA